ACAGUUUUAAUUUUACAACAUCACCACUUAGAAAUUUGUUCAACUUCAUCAUCAACUUUGUUUUUCAUUUUCACUUUUAUUCCCAACACUUCCACCAUCCAUUCUGAUAUCAAUACCUUGUCAACCCGAUUCAACUUCAAUCAAAAGGACAACACAUAGGAUCAAGAUCUUAUCAACCAGAGGAAGAGGGUAGUCCUUUAAUAGUCAUCUUUUGCUACGACUUGAUAUCCUCAAUCAGCAAUUCUCUUAUAUCAUCAUCAUCACAACUUUCAUUAAUCACAUCCCAUCGAAAAGAAAAAAAUAUGGUCAACUCAAGCAAAAGGUCUCAUUCACCUCCUCUUCCACCUAAUGCAACCUAUCAUCACCCUUCCAUCACUCUCACCGUUCUUCCAUCAGCAAAUCGAUUUGUAGCAGGGUCGAAACUUACUGGUAUGCUAGAAGUAUCAUGUAAAGAUCAGAAUAAAGUAGCAUUGGGUCAAUUGGCUAUUGAGUUUCUCGGCAUUGAAGAACUCAAACUACGUGAUCACAGCGCUCAAACGUCGAUCCAUGGCCCGCAUAAAUGCUUGUUUCAAGGCCCAUCUUUACCCCCAAGUAAUGCAGUAGCUACAUCUGAAGCUCCCAUCGCUGGUCAUUGUUAUAAAGCUCUUCGUGGUCG